AUGGCCAAAUUCAGCGGGAAAAAAUGCCGCCUGCUGACGGUGAUGACGCUGACGGUGUUUUUCUUCUUCGUCGAAAUCGUCGUCGGCUAUCUGACCAACUCGAUGGCCCUGGUGGCCGACAGUUUUCACAUGCUCGGUGACAUAGCGGCGCUAGUGAUUUCCUUCCUGUCGAUUAAGAUGUCGCCAAAGAAAUGGUCCAAAAACACGUUCGGUUGGGCGCGGGCGGAAGUGCUCGGUGCGCUGGUGAACGCAGUAUUUCUAGUGGCCCUUUGCUUCAGUAUUACCAUCGAGGCGUGCAAACGAUUCAUCGAGGUGGAGCACAUCCACGAGCCGGAGCUGCUAAUUGCGGUCGGUGUGAUCGGCCUGUUGGUGAAUCUGCUCGGCCUUUGCCUAUUGCACAAGCACGGUGGAGGAGGCCACAUUGGACAUUCGCACGGUGGUGGACUCUCGCAGGCAAAGCAGAUAAGCGGUGGUUCGCAUGGCAACCUGGGCAACACGGACGACAAUGAAAACAAAUCAUUCAUGUAUCAGCAGAACGGUACGGCGGCGAAAAAGACUACUCACCACGGACACUCCCACGACUCCUCGCAGAUGAAUAUGCGGGGAGCGUUCCUGCACGUGCUCAGCGAUGCGCUCGGCAGCGUGGUGGUAAUCAUAAGUGCAUUGAUUGUUAAGUUUACCGACUGGAAGUACAAGCUGUACAUGGACCCGGCCCUGUCGGUGCUGCUGGUGGCGCUCAUCCUCAACUCGGUGUGGCCGCUGCUGCGCGAAUCGGCCCUCAUUCUGCUGCAGACCGUGCCGACCCACAUACAGGUCGAUGCGAUCCAGCGCCGCCUGCUGGAGAAGGUGGACGGUGUGCUGGCGGUGCACGAGUUCCACGUGUGGCAGCUCGCCGGCGACCGUAUCAUCGCGUCGGCUCACAUCCGCUGCCGCAACCUGUCCGAGUACAUGAAGAUCGCCGAGCGGGUGAAGGAGUUCUUCCACAAUGAAGGCAUCCACUCGACCACGAUCCAGCCGGAGUUUGUCGAGAUCGAAGCGCUGAACAGCUAUUCGGGUUCGGACGGAUUUUCGAACAGCUUGAAUGGCAGUGCGACACAGGACUGCUGUGCCCUCGACUGUCCGACGACGGACGAGAGUAGUUGUAUCAAAGCUACAUGCUGCCAAAACAACAAUAACAUUAAGAAUCAACCAUCCUCGCCAACACCCUCACCAUUCUUAUGCCGCCAAAGAAGUUCUAGAAGCGGGAACGAUGUGGAAUCGGGUUCCCUGCUCGAUCAGCACAAUCAAACAGCAUCGAACGAUGAUGCGUUGCCAAAAAUCACUGUCUGACAGACAAAUCCCUCCACAAAUGCAGCCAACAGCACCACCACCACCACCACCACCAAAAGCAGCAGCAGCAGCAUCAAAACCCUUUUACCCAUCGGACCGCUCAACACCACCAGCGAGCAGCGGCAGGCGACGAACGCACCGGCCACGCUAGUAGUAGUGUCGUCUGGCAACAGGCCGACGGCGGCAAGUGAACGAAACACUCCAACCAGUGUGAACCACCACUCCUCCAGCCAUGAUCAAACCAUACCGUUGCACAUGCAAUCUAGUAGGCUGUAUCAAAAUCGCCGCCUUGGUGGCGCAGGACCAGGAACAGGCGUAGUAGGCGAUCAGUGCGAAAAAUCACCGGCGGAGGUGGAGGCAGUGUCCAAAUCGAACGGUGAAUUGAGCACAUCUGAAGAACAGUCGAGCGAAAGCGGCGAACAACAGCAACAACGGUUGUAUGGGCUGUCGUCGGCGAUGCCACCGGCGUGCAGUUUGCUGGAGAGCUACGUCACCGGAACCGGUUCACCGUUGCGCAAUCUGUACUGCCAGUGCAAGCACCAUCACGAGGCGACACAGUGAGGUGUGCGUGCGUGUGCGUGCGUGUGAGUGAGUGUUAGAACAAAUUGAAGAGUUGUGGAGAGUUCUAUUUUAAAAUGUUUUUCCUCGUUGAGUUUUAAUUGGUAGCCGCGGACAGAUGCCGCCAGACAAACAAGCCGAAGAAGAACCGUUGAGCGACAAAGGGGAUUUGUUUUACAAAUUGUUAAAUAGUAGUUGGUAACCUUUUAUCCAUCCCACACAAACACAUACAUUCACACGCACACACACAGACACACAUAAACGCAAGGGGAAUAUCUGUUCUGGUAAGAGGUUAACCCCGGCGGACACACCGCGCCUUCAUUUACUCGCCUUCAGGUUCAGGUGUUAUGAGCGAGGGAGGAAAAACCCCCAACGGUUCAUAACCCCCCACACAGAGAUACUUAUUUAGACCCCCAAGCGCAGCAGGAUGGUUUUGCGUAUAUUUUGUGUUACGUUUUUGCAUACUAAAAAACAGGCCAGACAUAAUUAUAUGUAUAUGUGAGUGAGAUAACAGGACAACAAAAGAAGAGGGGGGGGGGGCGAGAGUUAGUAGUAGUUUUGCGGAUGAUGAGCAUAGUUUUACACAUACACGCAUAAACAUAUAUUUAGUGCGCUGAGAGCAGGCGAUGGGGGGCAGACACAGCUGGAGCUCUGUUCGCCGGGUGGUUUAUUUUGCAAUCGCGACUGCGGGGGAAUAAGGAGGGGAUAUUUAGAAAAACGAAUUUCAAAGCCUCGGAUGGGUGGGUGCGCGGGUUUGGUGGGUUCCGGCUUUCACAGAUCACACACACUACACUAUAUCGUUGUACUCUUUGUAUCCUAUUAUCUCUAUUUAUCGUUUAGAUGGAUACACCACUAACUAUAGCUUGCGCGGGUGUUGUUGCGUUGCAUAGGAAAAGCGAGACGAAGGAAGCGCGUUGAAACGCAACAGGGUUAGGGUCAAUUGAGGAAGGAACGUGUUGAAAAGAGCAUUGAAAGCGAAACCAUCGUUGUUGUAGCGUGGUGGUGUUUUCGUAACCACGUGGUGGUGCGACGCCAUCUUGGUGUAACAAUCGGCUAGGAAAUUGCUAUGGUAACCGGAAAGAAGCUCGUGCAGAUCCAGGAACCAUUUCCGAAUGAUUUUUAUAUUAAAACAUACCCGCACAAUUGUGUGUCUGCAUGCGUGUGUGUGUUAGAGAAACAAUCGUUUUGCUACAGACGGAGUUUUUUUGCGAAACGUUGAAUCCGAUGGUACUACAAUCAAACAAACACAGAGAGAAAGAGAGACAGCUAGGGGCGAAAGAAGUGGUGUCACACGUUUACUUAAUCAAACUGCAGCGAAUGCGGGUUUUUGUCUUAUGAAAAAUGGCACAUUCUCUUUCUGUGGAGAGCAGUAUUGCAAAAUCGAUGUGUAUGUGUGUGCGUGUGUGUGUGUGUGUCAUUACUUUCGUUGAAAUGCGAUUGAUUGCGUCCGGUUUGGUGAGGGUGCGUGAUGAAAAUCAAAAGAGAGCGGAAGACACAGGGCGAACAAAAACUCAAGUGCAAUCACCAUCGCUCCCACAAACCCACACAGCCACAAACACACACACACUCAAUUACAUAUAUUCCACCACCUCACUGUGCAUGGGGUGGAGCCGCCCGGUCGGUCAGUGGUGGUGAGCCCCCCCCCAGCAGCGGGAUGUUUGUAUUAGAAUAAUCUUACAGUGAAAUUGUUUUCUUAUUGGAAGCCAGCGUAGCAUAGUGAAAAUAUUACAACAGCAGGAGAAGCAACAGCAGCAGUUAAGAUGAUUAACGUGAAACUUUAGAAAUGAUAGAAACCGCAAAGGUUCGAAGGUACGAAGCGAUUGAGUUGGGAAGGGAGGGAAAUCGUGUUCUCUUAUCUCAACAAUAUCUCGGCUAAGAAAGGGCAAACAGUUUGCAAAUCAAAUGAGCAACGUCUUAGGGAGAAGAAAUAAACAAAAAUAGGAUAAUUUUACGCAAAGGAAAGCGAACGGACAUGCACAGGUGUGUUCGUUUGUGUAUUCGUUUGCGGUUUGGUGGUAGCGAGCCUUAAUGGGCGCAUACGCUGCCGGUAAAGUGCUUUGCCGUUAGGAGACGCUCUCCGGAAGCCGGAAGCGAAGGAUGGUUCAGUGCGAGAGGAGCAGCCGCCGCCAAUAAACGUUUGAAAGAACACAUAGCCGUUACUGGUCACAUUAGAAUUUGCAGGCGCAUAUGCAAAUAAAGCAAUGCAAAUCAUA